UACAAUCGGCUGAAACUAGUUGACAUUCCCACAAUCCAAGUAUCAGCAAGUCAACGUACGAGUUAAAUUUUGUCUAGGACGUCAGGUGGUCGCAAUUGUUUUCUUAGUUCUUUCCGCUUUCCAGUUACCGCGUGGGGCGGGGUUUCAACAUUCGCCUGGGGUAGAGCCGGUUUACCUGGAGCAACCUUCAACAAAACCAAACUGCGUAGAUCGUGGGCCCCGAUUUUAAUACUGGCAGUCGUCUAAAUAUCUCGCGACUCGAGUUCGAUCCGGGGACCUGGUUAACACGGUCUCAUCCUUGCAGUAUUUCGUCUGUGUUUUCUUAAAAAGGGAAGAUAACAGCAUCACAGUGGUCCAACCUUGGUGAAGAGUGACGACUGCAAUCAAUUUUUCUUUUAAAAGGAAGAAGGAAGCCACCGUGUUGUACAAUUGUUAUAAUGGCUACCAAGCUGAAGGCAAUCAUUCCUCCAGUAACGAUUUCGCAACGUCCGCCCUUCACUAGUCGCGACGAUGGCCAACAGUUAAUCCGGAAAUCUGUUCGCACAGCAGCUUCUAGCCGGCCUAAAUUUUCCAUUCGUUCAAAAAAAUCGACAUCAAAACAUUCUAAAAAAGUUAAAAAAUCUGAUAAAACUCAGCGUUCAACAUCUACACGGCAACCACCAGAUUGGGAUGCAUUUGAACAAUCAGAACCGCCUAGUGAAAACGCGAAAAAAUCGAAAACCAAAAGUAGAAAGAAGAGGAUAUCAUUGAAGAUUGUGAGAAAGGCCGGCAAACGUAUCGAAUGGUUGCUAAAAAAAGGUGCCAAUUACUUUGGAAUAGCCAUCAUAAAAAUCUUCAAUCAGCCUGGAUUAUACACUGAAGAGUCACGUACGUGCGUCUGCUAAUUCAAUGCUAAUGGUAUGCAAUUAUUCAACAAAGCGUUGUACAGAAUUGCUAAUACCUUCCUAAAUUUUCUCUAAACCCAUUGCACCAUGAUCAAAUUCUGUCAGGAUUUGAUCCCUGUCAGUUUGGUUGUCAAAAAAUGCUGUUAAUUAUGCCUUACCUUUGAAUCGCCUUGUGAAUUGUACGCUUCGUGUUUUUUUAAAUGUCUUCCCUAUUUCCAUGGAAAACCACACACACAAAUGACGACAUUCUUUUUACCUUCGCUUGAUUCGUGCUUUUGUCGAACGAGGAUUCCAUUUUUAAUGCCAUUUGGUUCCUCGAUGAAAAUUCUUUAUCGUGUAAAUGUAUAUUUUGGAAACUAUCAAAAUGAUUUUAUCUGUGUCGUCGAGAGUAAGGAAAAGGGAACAAAUUUUAAUACAAUUCAAUAAAACAAA